UACAGUGAUUGCCUGCUCUACCAUUUUUCCCCUCCUAAGAGAAGACCUCCGAAUACAUCGUUAUAUCGCCGCAUUCCCUCCAAACGACCGAUAAUAAAAUCAUCUUCAACAGACCAUCCCCUUCGCCCACUAUAUUUUCCUACAAAUCCCCGCACGGGCGUAACCAUGGUCUAUUUCUUCACCAGCAAUGUGGUGUCGCCCUCCGCCUUCAUCUAUGUGGGGAAAGACAAAUUUGAAAAUGAAGAAUUGAUUAAAUUUGGCUGGGAGGAGGAUGUGUGGUUCCACGUCGACAAUUUGUCGAGUGCACAUGUCUACUUGCGGUUGCCGGACGGGCAGACGUGGAAUGAAAUUCCGACAGAGUUGUUGGAAGACUGCGCGCAGUUGACGAAGGCGAAUUCUAUAGAAGGAAACAAAAAGGACAACGUCACCGUCAUCUACACUCCAUGGUCCAACCUCAAGAAAGACGGCCGUAUGGACGCUGGCCAGGUGGGCUUCAAGGACAACAAGAAGGUCAAGAAAAUCCACAUCCCCCAACGCGAAAACCCCAUCGUCAAUCGCCUGAACAAGACGAAAGUCGAACGGCAUCCAAAUCUCCGGGAGGAGAAAGAGGACCGGCAGAAGGACUUGCGGCGGCGGGAUCAGGCGGCGCGGCAGGCGAGGUCGAAGGAGGAGGUGCGGAUCGCGAAGGAGCGGAAGGAGAAGGCGUAUCAGAAGGAUCACGCGUACGACGAUUUGUUUUCGGAGGAGGCGAUGGAGCAGUCGAGUAAUCAGAAUCGAGGGGCGAAUGAGGAAGAUGACUUCUGGUGAAGAGAUUCGUGAGGGAGGGGAUUAUUUAAUGAGUUACAUAGAUGGCUAAGACGGUUGUUGGGUAUCUCGUGGACCCCAAAGCGCCUGAUGCUGUCUAUCCAAUGCAACGCGUGUUGAUACAUAUUUGAGGGGUAUAUACGACCCUUUCCUUCCAGCCCAGUCCACCUCAUUGCAAGCACAUCCCCAUACUCUCAUUCAACAUCCUCACCUCCCAAUCCAACCCCUCAUACACUCUAUGCAUUCUCACCCCCCUCUCCACCGUCCCCACUACCGGCAUCGCCUUCCCCUUCGCCAGCCGCCGCUCCCGAUGAUACCCCGCAUUCAGCAAGUUCACCAACACCCGAUACUCCACGCUCGC